ACCUGUUCCCUCCAGCCUGAAAAUUUUGUCUUCCUCCUAGGCCACUCCGCCACCCAUUUACAUCUUUUUUUUGAUGAAUUUUUGAACAAAAUAUCUGUCUGUAAAAGCCAUUUUUAUAAUUUUGGAAUUUUUCUGGGUUGUUUUUUCAGUAAAGAUAUUGGCAUAUAUAAAGGGGAUAUUUUUCUAUACCUAGAGUGUGUCUGAGAAAAACAAUCUUCUCCAGCCACCACCUUAUCUUUCUUCAAGUGCUGUGUGACUGUGUCUCUCUUAUGCUUUGUUAUUGAAAAAAAAGCAAAGGUCUUUUGGGGUUUGUUUGAAGGGAAUUAGAGAGAGACAUGGAUGCUGUUGUUCAGACCAGGGGGCUUCUCUCACUACCUCCUAAACCCACCGCAGCCAGGAGGCUUCUUCAGCCAUCACAGGGUCUAAAACAGAGGCUUUUUGCUACCAAACCUAUAAGUUUUAAUGGCUUAUCUCUUUCUUCAAAUGGGUAUCAGAAAUUGCCUGCCUUUGUUGCAAAACCGCAUGGGUUGUAUCCAAAGGAGAGGACUUUGCAUGUCUGCAAGGCGGAGGCUUCUGCUGCAGCUGGUGGACAGCCGUUGUUUGAGGAGAAGCCAAAGUUUUUGGGUAUUGACACUGCGACUCUGAAGAAAAUUAUCCCUCUUGGGUUGAUGUUCUUCUGCAUCCUUUUCAAUUACACAAUCCUUAGGGACACAAAGGAUGUGUUGGUCGUGACAGCUAGGGGAAGCAGCGCCGAGAUUAUUCCAUUUCUCAAGACCUGGGUUAAUUUGCCCAUGGCUAUUGGGUUCAUGUUGCUGUACACAAAAUUGGCUAAUGUUUUGCCCAAGCAGGCUCUCUUCUACUCCGUUAUUGUGCCCUUCAUAGCCUUUUUUGGGGCAUUUGGGUUUCUUUUGUAUCCUCUCAGCAAUUACAUCCAUCCUCAAGCCCUUGCUGAUAGGCUUCUUGGUGUUCUUGGCCCGAGGUUUCUUGGUCCACUUGCAAUUAUGAGGAUUUGGAGCUUCUGUUUGUUCUACGUUAUGGCUGAGCUUUGGGGCAGCGUGGUGAUUUCAGUUCUAUUUUGGGGCUUUGCCAAUCAGAUAACUACUGUUGAGGAAGCAAAAAGAUUCUACCCUCUCUUUGGUCUUGGAGCCAAUAUUGCGCUAAUUUUCUCUGGUCGAACAGUAAAGUAUUUCUCUAAUUUGAGGAAAAAUUUGGGUCCUGGGGUUGAUGGUUGGGCCAUCUCUUUAAAGGGAAUGAUGAGCAUUGUGGUGCUAAUGGGGCUGGCAAUCUGUGGCCUUUACUGGUGGGUGAAUGCUUAUGUUCCUCUUCCAACCCGUAGUAAGAAGAAGAAGGAGAAGCCCAAGAUGGGAACAAUGGAGAGCUUGAAAUUCUUGGUCUCAUCAAGGUACAUUAGGGAUCUUGCAACUUUGGUGGUUGCAUAUGGUAUUAGUAUCAACCUUGUUGAAGUUACUUGGAAAUCGAAACUCAAAGCUCAGUUUCCAAGCCCAAACGAGUACUCUUCUUUCAUGGGUGACUUCUCAACUGCCACUGGAAUAGCAACAUUCACGAUGAUGUUGCUGAGUCAAUUCAUAUUUGAUAAAUAUGGAUGGGGAGCUGCAGCCAAAAUCACACCCACAGUCCUGCUUCUCACUGGGGUUGGUUUCUUUUCUUUGAUAUUGUUUGGAGAUCCACUUGUACCUACUCUUGCAAAGUUCGGUAUGACUCCUCUUCUAGCAGCUGUAUACGUGGGUGCCAUGCAAAAUAUUUUCAGCAAGAGUGCAAAAUACAGCUUAUUUGACCCUUGCAAGGAAAUGGCCUACAUUCCUUUGGAUGAGGAAACUAAGGUUAAAGGGAAGGCAGCCAUUGAUGUCGUCUGCAAUCCAUUGGGCAAGUCUGGUGGUGCUCUCAUUCAACAGUUUAUGAUCUUAACCUUUGGAUCACUUGCGAAUUCCACUCCUUACCUUGGAGGGAUACUUCUCUUGAUUGUAUCCGCAUGGCUAGCAGCAGCCAAGUCUCUUGAUGGACAAUUCACUGCAUUGCGUAGGGAAGAAGAACUCGAGAAGGAAAUGGAAAGGGCAACCGUCAAGAUCCCUGUUGUUUCUGAAGGUGGAAAUGGUUCUGUUACUUCACUGAACCCGGCCCCAGAUGAGGCAUCUAGCAGCUCAUCUGAAACGACUACACCGCGUAAUAUUUAGAUACAAUUUCUUCCAUUCGUUUGCUGAGCAGAGAAGAAUAAAGCCAGCUAAUGCCUGGUGGAAAGCAGUCCUAGCUAGAUGAAAGAAAUGUUGGUUGUAGUAGUGUUUACCUCUUUGUUUUUGAUAGAAAUACUAGGGAGCUAAAGAGCCAGUAUGCAUGACUGGUUUAUUUAUGAAGCUGGUUUUUUUUGCAGAUGUUGAAUUUACUGUUGUUUGAAUUCUGUAAUUUAUAGAAUUGCUGCCUGAUGAAAAAACUUCUUUUUGAUAUAAUAAUAUAGUUAUUACUAUUUU